AUGGCCGACGCAAUUGCACACCUCCAGGCUGGCCGCACCAGAACCGAGUGGCUCUCGCAGCUCAACACUGAGUAUGUGCCCAAGCGCCAGUUCCGCCGCAGUUCCAUCAUCUGCACCAUUGGUCCCAAGACCAACUCUCCCCAGGCCAUCAACAUGCUCAGAACUGCUGGUCUCAACGUUGUUCGCAUGAACUUCUCCCACGGCUCAUACGAGUACCACCAGUCUGUCAUUGACAACGCCCGUGAGGCCGAGAGAACCCAGGCUGGCCGUCCCGUUGCCAUUGCCCUUGACACCAACAUCACCAAGGUGAUCGAGAAGGGCCGUAUCAUCUACGUCGAUGACGGUGUCCUCGCUUUCGAGGUUCUCGAGGUUGUUGACGAGAAGAACAUCCGCGCCAAGGCUGUCAACAACGGCAAGAUUUCUUCCAAGAAGGGUGUCAACCUUCCCAAGACCGAUGUCGACCUUCCCGCUCUCUCCGAGAAGGACAAGGCUGAUCUCCGUUUCGGUGUCAAGAACGGCGUCGACAUGGUCUUCGCUUCCUUCAUCCGCUCCGGUGACGAUGUCAAGGCCAUCCGUGAGGUUCUCGGUGAGGACGGCAAGGACAUUCAGAUCAUCUCCAAGGUCGAGAACCAGCAGGGUGUUAACAACUUCGACGACAUUCUCCGCGAGACCGACGGUGUCAUGGUCGCCCGUGGUGACUUGGGUAUCGAGAUUCCUCCUGCCCAGGUCUUCAUCGCCCAGAAGAUGAUGAUCACCAAGUGCAACAUUGCCGGCAAGCCCGUCAUUUGCGCCACCCAGAUGCUCGAGUCCAUGACUUACAACCCCCGCCCCACUCGUGCUGAGGUUUCUGACGUUGGUAACGCCAUCCUUGACGGUGCCGACUGUGUCAUGCUUUCAGGAGAGACUGCCAAGGGUAACUACCCCAAGGAGUCCGUCACCAUCAUGCACGAGACCUGCCUUCUCGCCGAGGUCGCCAUUCCCUACGUCAACGCCUUCGACGAGCUCCGCAGACUUGCUCCCAUCCCCGUCCCCACCACCGAGUCCUGCGCCAUGGCCGCCGUCUCUGCCUCGCUCGAGCAGAACGCUGGUGCCAUCCUCGUCCUCUCCACCAGUGGUAACACCGCCCGCCUCAUCUCCAAGUACAGACCCGUCUGCCCCAUCAUCAUGGUCUCGCGUAACUCGCGCGCUUCCCGCUACUCGCACCUUUACCGUGGUGUCUGGCCGUUCCACUACCCUGAGCAGAAGCCCGACUUCAAGCAGGUCUCAUGGCAAGAGGAUUGUGACAAGCGUCUCAGAUGGGGUAUCAAGCACGCCAUCGACCUUGGCAUCCUCACCAAGGGCGACCCCGUUGUCACUGUCCAGGGCUGGAGAGGGGGCAUGGGCCACACCAACACCCUUCGCAUCGUUCCCGCCGAGCCCGAAGACCUUGGCCUUGACCUUGAGGCUUAG